GGCCGUUUCAUUCGUUCGGCGCGCUUCGAAGGAAUCUCAACUUACCACCAACCAAUCAACCUUGAAACGGUUAACCGCACAAAAGGUUUCAAAAAACCUAGUUUUGAACUUCAUUUUGUGUGAUCCUAAGAUUAGUGUUUGGCCAGUUGUCAAACAUUUAGUUAAUUUUCAUUUGCAAAAAGCGUGCAAUACAUUUCCGUGCUCUCUUUGAGCCGAAUUCCAAACUUAAUUGAAAAACUUUUUAAGGCAUUUUCCCUUGAAAUCCGGACAUUGUGAAAUGUAAAAUCCAGUUAAACCAGUGAUUGCAUUCUAAAGAAAAUUUAUUACGGAACAAGACAGUUUGAACAAGUUAAUUGAAUUUCCAUUGUAUACAUUAAAUUAAUUUUGCGUAAAGGCGUGUUGUCUUAUUGACGUUUCCCAUCAACGCGAGGCAAGAGUGAUAAGUGAAAAUGUUUCAUUUGAAGCGGGAACUGAGUCAAGGCUGUGCCUUGGCCCUUAUAUGCCUGGUGACUAUCCAGAUGCAGCAGCCCACCCAGGCGGAGGCGUCCUCAGCUCAAGGCACUCCCCUGAGCAAUCUGUAUGAUAAUCUGCUGCAGCGCGAAUACGCCGGACCCGUCGUGUUUCCCAACCACCAGGUGGAGCGCAAGGCCCAGCGUUCGCCAUCGCUGCGUCUUCGGUUCGGACGCAGUGAUCCGGACAUGCUGAACAGUAUUGUGGAGAAGCGUUGGUUCGGCGACGUCAACCAGAAGCCCAUUAGGUCGCCCUCCCUGCGUUUGCGAUUCGGGAGGCGGGAUCCCAAUCUGCCGCAGAUGAGAAGGACCGCCUACGAUGACCUCCUGGAGCGGGAACUCACCCUCAACGGGCAGCAGCAGCAGUUAGCUUCCGAGUCGGAUUCCGACCUGGGUGCCGACUACGACGGACUUUACGAGCGAGUGGUGCGAAAGCCACAGCGUCUUCGCUGGGGACGAAGUGUUCCUCAGUUUGAGGCAAACAACGCGGACAAUGAACAAAUCGAACGAUCGCAGUGGUACAACUCGCUUUUGAACUCGGACAAAAUGCGCCGAAUGCUCGUGGCCCUUCAGCAGCAGUACGAGAUGCCCGAGAACGUGGCCAGCUAUGCCAACGACGAGGAUACUGAUGCGGAGCUGAAUAACGAUGCAUCGGAGUUCCAAAGGGAAGUCCGUAAGCCGAUGCGCUUGCGGUGGGGAAGGAGCACUGGAAAAGCUCCCUCAGAGCAAAAGCCCACUCCCGAGGAAACCUCAUCAAUCUCACCCAAGACGCAGAACUAAACUAUUAUAAACCGCCAUGUAAAGGAUCAGCAGGAGAUUGGCAACAAUUGAAAGAAAUCGUCAACAAGCUACACGGUCAAUAAGAUACAGAAAACAUAUAAGGCCCGCGUUGGAUAAGGCAUUAUUGAUUAAGCAUUUUGAGAUCGCAUGGGCUAGAAAUACACACAAUGAAUAUAUACUAUAUUAACAUGCACACAUAUGAUUAACCACUUAGUUUUACUUUUGGUUUUCAGCAAAUAUUCAAGCAAACGAAAACUUAUAAAAAUAUUCUGUUGUAAUCUUUAACAAUGCGCAGGUAAAACAAGGUAACACAAACUUGACCUAUAUUGACGUGUAUUAAUUUCCAAUGGCUUAAAUUUGUAUUUCAUUUUGUCUUUUGUUCAAUACUUUUGAAUUCGUAUCAAUAGCCAACUCUCAGAACAGUAAAGUCUCCCUAUUCCUAACAUGUUCAAUUAAGCAACUUUGAAACUAUUUGAAUGCCCAAAAAACGUUUAGACUCAAUGUAUAUAAAAUAAAUGAUAAAAUCUUUUAAAAAUUAGCGCCAAUUUGUAAUGACAAAGGUAGAAUGCCAUACAACUUAUUGUUCUAUUAAUGAAAAUCUUCUUGAUUUCUAAACUAGUAAGCGAAUUUCGAUUUAACGAUACGAUGGAAAUGUUUGAAAAACAUAGAGGCCCCCGGAAGCUGUAUUACUGUAACACUUGUUAUAUUAUGUGUGCUAAAACUUAUAAAUACAUAUAUGUAUAUCAACUAUUAUAUCAUACGACUAUAUAUAUAUACAAAUACGAUGAGCAUUGUCUAUUAAAAUUUUAUUGAUGUAUUUUAAUAAAAGGAGAAAACAAUUACAAAAGCAAACGAGCAUAAAGCUGAUUGUGGUUAGAACACUUUUGUAUAUUUAAUUUACACCAUCAUUGAAAUUAUUGUUUAACAACUAAAAUAUUUAUUAUGAAGAAAAUAUACUUUUUGAUGAGCCAGCAGCUGCCAUAACCAGCUGAGUGCAAUUUUCCGCUGAAAAUUGUGAAAACCGUUUACCGCGAUAUAUAUCAGUAUAUACGCAUAUAUACCUUUAAAUGUGUGUAAUAUCAUGAAUGUAAAUAAAAGAGCAGGAAUAAUAAAAGCAAACAUAUUUUACUCGAUCUAUGCAACAAAUAAAUAACUCAGAUGGAGUAAAAACUUAAAA